AUGGGUAAUCCUCUAAUGCAAACGAACAAACUUACUCUUAAUAUAUCAGGACGCGUUGAGUUGCAACUUAACUUUCUUGGACUGGGUCAGAAUGCCACCAUUGAGAUUGCUUUGGAUUCCCUCGAGGGUCGGAAAAUGGUCGAAGUCAAAACUGACGAAAACAACAGAACCCUGCUACCAGUAUUUUACAAUGGCGAGUCUCUAUCCGGCAAAGUGACCAUCUCCGUUAAGCGAAAUGGCAAACUGGAAUAUCAGGGCAUCAAAAUCGAGCUGAUUGGGCAAAUCGACUUCUUUGCAGAUCGUGGAAGCCGAGACGAAUUCCUUAAUCGAACACAGGAACUUGCCCGACCUGGAAUCUUGUCGCAGUCUGCCACCUACCCAUUCCACUUCGCGGAUGUUGAAAAACCCUAUGAGUCCUACGUCGGCUCUAAUGUACAGCUAAGGUGGGCAAAGGAUUUUGGUCGUGCUUUCCUUUCCACGUUUACCCCUUCCGUUCCAUUUAUUUUUUAUCCCUCAACAAGCAUAUACACUUUUUAA